AUGGAGCCCUUCCUCAGAAAGCGCCUGGCCUUCCUGGCCUUCUUCUGGGACAAGAUCUGGCCGGUGGGCGCGCCGGACGACGGCGUCCUGGGGCUCCCCGACCCGGAGGCCGGCGCGGAGCCAGAGCCCCCCGCCGCAGAGCCCCGCAGCUCCCCGGCGCCCGCGCAGCUCUUCAGGGCGCUGUACGACUUCACCGCGCGGUGCGCCGACGAGCUGAGUGUCAGCCGCGGGGACAGGCUCUAUGGCCUCAAGGAGGAGGGCGGCUACAUCUUUGCCCGCAGGCUCUCCGGUCCGCCUAGGGCCGGGCUGGUGCCCAUCACCCACCUGGCCAAGGCCACCCCGGAGACGCUCUUGGACCAACCCUGGUACUUCAGCGGCAUCAGCCGUGCCCAGGCCCAGCAGAUGCUCCUGUCUCCGGCCAACGGGCCCGGGGCCUUCCUCAUCCGACCCAGCGAGAGCAGCCGCGGCCACUACUCACUGUCAGUCCGGGCCCAGGCCAGCGUUCGCCACUACCGCAUCUGCACCGCGGCUAACGGCCUCUACCUUCAGAAGGGCCGGCUCUUCCCCAGCCUGGAGGAGCUGCUCGCCUACUACAAGGCCAACUGGAAGCUGAUCCACAACCCGCUGCUGCAGCCCUGUGUGCCCCAGCAGCCUCUCCUGCAGGACGGGUGGGAGCGGCCUCGCUCCGAGUUUGCCUUGCGGAGGAAGCUGGGUGAAGGCUACUUCGGGGAGGUGUGGGAAGGUCUGUGGCUCGACUCCACACCGGUGGCAGUCAAGGUCAUCAAGUCAGCCUACGUGAAGCUGGCAGACCUCACCAAGGAGAUCCAGACUCUCAAGAGCCUGAGGCACGAGCGUCUCAUCCGGCUGCAUGCCGUGUGCUCGGCCGGCGAGCCCGUGUACAUCGUCACCGAGCUCAUGCGCAAGGGCAAUCUGCAGGCCUUCCUGGGCAGCCCCGAGGGACGGGCCCUGGGCCUGUCCCUCCUGCUGGGUUUUGCCUGCCACGUGGCCGAGGGCAUGAGCUACCUGGAGGAGAGGCGCAUCGUGCACCGCGACCUGGCCGCCAGGAACGUGCUUGUGGGUGAUGACCUGGGGUGCAAGGUGGCCGACUUUGGCCUGGCCCGGCUGCUCAAGGAGGACAUCUACUCCCCAAGCAGCGGCUCCAAGAUCCCCGUCAAAUGGACGGCGCCCGAGGCAGCCAACUACCGUGUCUACUCUCAGAAGUCGGACGUCUGGUCCUUCGGAGUCCUGCUCUAUGAGGUCUUUACCUACGGCCAGUGUCCCUAUGAAGGACUGAGCAACCACGAGACCCUGCAGCAGGUCACCUGGGGGUACCGGCUGCCGCGCCCGGCGUCCUGCCCGGCCGAGGUCUACGCGCUCAUGCUGGAGUGCUGGCGGAGCAGCCCCGAGGAGAGGCCCGCCUUCGCCGCGCUGCAGGAGACGCUGGACGCAGCCCGCAGGCGCCUCCACCCUGCCCUCACGUGA